AACUUUAUUGAACACAAAAACAAAGAGAAAAAGAAUGACAAUUGUUGGUAUUCUUUCAGCUGCUUUCCUUUUGGUUUUGCAAGCAACAAUGCUUGCUUCUGCUUUUGAUCCAAGUCCCCUUCAAGACUUCUGUGUUGCUGUGGAUGAGCCUCAAUCUGCUGUAUUUGUGAAUGGGAAGUUCUGCAAGGAUCCAAACCUUGUGAUAGCUGAAGACUUCGUUUCUGGAGGGCUCAACAUAGCUGGAAACACUAUGAACAAACAAGGCUCAAACGUGACUCUAGUAAAUGUAGAUAAACUUCCCGGACUCAACACUCUUGGCAUCUCGUUGGCUCGCAUUGACUACGCCCCAUACGGGCAAAACCCACCCCACACCCACCCAAGAGCCACUGAAAUUCUUGUGGUUGUGGAAGGCACUCUUCUCGUUGGCUUUGUCACUUCAAAUCCCAACAAACUUUUCACCAAAGUUCUGAAAGAAGGAGAUGUUUUUGUGUUCCCUAUUGGCCUCAUUCACUUCCAAUUUAAUGUCGGACAUACCCCAGCUCUUGCAUUCGCUGGACUUAGCAGCCAAAACCCAGGUGUUAUUACCAUCGCUAAUGCUGUUUUCGGGUCCAAUCCCCCAAUCUCCAUUGAUGUUCUUACUAAGGCUUUCCAAGUUGACAAUAAUGUCAUUCAAGCUCUCAUGCAACAAUUUAAAGCUUAACAACACAAUUUACAAACGUAUGGUUUUUUUAAUAAUGCAUAUCUAUAUAUGCAAAUGUAGGAAUAUCUAUGAGUUUUUAAUCAUGUGUUGUAUUUCUG